AUGGAAACCCAGAUGGAACCACUGCAGAUUCCAAGAUCUUUGGAGGAGGUGCAAGGGAGAGGUGUUUUGGGUGGUGCUGCGCUUGAGAAGGUACGUGAAAUGAUGAAAACUGUUAACGUUGUUCUGGGUUUGAGAAAUGGUAUGGAAACCCUUGGUGAGGGUGGUGUCAUCUCCACCCAGGAAACAGAGCAUACCCGAAAUGUUGAGCAGGAUGAAGGAGAAGGGGUGCAGCCUCAACAAUCUCAAGCAGGUGGUAAUGGUGUGCCAAAACAACCUUGGGUAAGUUUGUUUAAACCCAAACCCCUUACUUCUAAAGGUGUCUCUCUUUCAUUCAUUGCUCCUACUGUGUGUGAUGGUUCCCCUGUUGCUAUGCUUGAACAAGCUAAUUUAGAUGAAAUGUCAGUAAUAUGGGAAUCUCCAGUCAUUAUGUAUAUGGUGGGGGAUAGACCUUCGAUUGGGGCUGUUAUUAGGUUUGUUGAGAAGGAUUGGAAUAUUGUUUCAAAACCCCAGGUGCUGCUUCAUGAGGAGGGCUAUUUUGUUAUCAAAUUUGCCUCUAAGAAAGAAAGAGACUCAAUCUUGAUGGCUGGACCUCAUUCUUUCUUUGGUAAACCAGUAAUUGUUAAGCCCUGGUCACCAGAGUUUAAUUUUCAGGCUGAAGUGUUAAGAGUGGGGCCAAUUUGGGUCAGAUUCCCUAAUCUUCCUUUAAACUGUUGGGGAGCUGGAUCUUUGAGUAGAAUAGGAAGUUUGCUUGGUGUGCCUCUCUUUGCUGAUGAGUGUACCACUUGUCAGCAGAGAAUUUCUUUUGCUCGAAUACUUAUUGAAAUAGAUGUCACAAAGAGCUUGCCUAGAAAUGUCAUGCUAAAGGAUCCAACUGGUAAGACCUUCAAGCAACAGGUAGACUAUGAUUGGUUGCCACCAUUCUGCCCUACUUGCAAGAUGAUAGGACAUGUUUGUGGCAAAGAUAAGAAGAACACUGCUAGACUUGUUCCUGCUGCUCAUGCUCAGAAGAAGGUGCAAAAAGUUUGGGUUCCAAAGCAGGUGGUUGUUGUUGAAGAACCUAAGCAGGCUAGUGAGUCUGUGAAUGUCAUGGUGGAAGAUGAGACUAGUAAUGAGAUGGAUACUUCUAUGGACUCGGUCAUUACUCCAAAAGCUCCUAUUCAAGAUGAUGGAUGGAGGGUAGUAUCAAGAAGAAGAAAGGUGACUAGCAGUCCUGUGCAUAACACUGGUUUGGCUCAGGUUGGAUAUGCUGGUGAAGAUGGUGGUGAAAUAGGGGCUCCUUCACAUAUUCCACCAUGA